AUGUGGGUUGGGCUUUUUUUCCUAGUACGCUUGGCUGCCUGCUAUUAUAUAGACGAAAAAUAUAGGGAGUCUGCGGUGGAUGUGGAGAUCCAAGAAGACGCGCACAGAAACAUGUAUAUAAGCUUUGGGCUGAACGGAAUAAAAUACUCAUCAGUUGUAUGCCUGGACAAGCUCCAAAAAGUAGGGCGAAACUCGUACGCCACAUACAAUGCUGUCUACACGAAAAAGCACGAGCACGAGGAAACCAGCAAAGUGCCUUCACUGUGCGAGGCGCUUGAGGACGUCAACGGGUGGUUUAUCCGGGACAACAAAACACACUCCAUCAGGGGAGUUCUUGUGGACGAGGGAAAAAUUAUCCACAUAAAGCCGAAGGAGCUUCUUUUCCCAAAAAGCUCUCCCCGCGAGCUUGUCGCCUUUGUUGCGGACGAAGACUUUCCAGAGCACGUUUGCCAGCCCAUUGAGAUGGAGCCCGAGCAGAUAGAGUGCAACGAGCCCUUGGAGGACAACCAGCCGUACUUUGAAAGGGUGGCAGAGUACUUUAAGCGCCGAAAAGCGGACAGAGCUCCGCCCUCCAAAAAAGACCUAUUGGGCCGAAUUUCAUACUCUAUUGCCAAAAUAAGGCAGGAGAUUUUCUCGCUGUUCGGAUAUGCAAAAACGCACAAGGAGCGCGACGCAAGCACCGACUCAGACGACGAGCCCGAGGGGUCUGAAGACGCGUCGUCCUACGAAGGGUGGGAGGAGGCAAACCAGCGAAAGAAAGCCCUGGCGGUCCGCCAGGAGAUAGAAACCGCACGGGAGAAAAACAGGCGGAAAAACUGCGUUAGCUGCCAGGCCAACUCGCUUUACAGAAAACAAGAAAAAGAGGCUUUAGACCACAUGCCCAGCACAGCGGGCGCCAUCGCCGAGGCAGAGGCAUGCGAGGUCUUGGAGAAUGCUUUCAUGCUGGAGGACGAAAAGCCCAAGCCAGCGCACUCCCCCGAGCAAAGCACAGACGGCAGGCCGGGCAUAUCCAUUCAAGAUGUGCUGGUGGAGGAUACUAGCCUCGUUUUGGACGCACAGCCUUUUCCGGACGCCAGCACUUCUGGCGUGCUGGUUCUGUACGAGGGCGCAGGCAAAAGCACAGCGAGCGCGCCUCUGGGGGUCGGCCUCAAAAGCCGCUCUAUCGGCAUAGAAGGCACACGCGUCGAAGCUAACACCCAGGCCUUGCCCAAAGUAACACAGACAGGCGGCUCGGACAGCAAGGUGCACAGGGAAGAAAACGCGCAGAAGAAAGCCACGCAUUCCAAAACGCUGCCCACGGCCAAGGGAAAGGCAAAGCCCUCCAAGAGGGAGGCAGGCGGCGAAAGCAAGCCGCGCAAAAGCAAAAGGGCGCAGAAGGCUGAGCCAAGAAAAAGGGAGACCUCAUCGAAGAGAGCGCGGGAGAUAAAAGACCGGGUGGUUGGAAACACGUUUGUCACCACACGAAUUCCAAAGUCAAACAAAACCGUGAAAAAGGGAGAGGUUCUUUUUCUGGGAAUUCCGUACUACUCCCAGAUCUCGGAAGUCGACAGCGUGAUAAAAAAGCCGAACAACUAUGGAUUUCCCGUGGAAAAAAAGGCAAUUCCGGUGGCCGUGGCCAUUGACAGCCACUACAUACAGAAGCUUGGCUCUCGGCGAGAGGCCAUUUUUUCGGUGAUGGAGAACAUGAACAUUGCCAGCCGCAUAUACGAAAAGUCCUUCAACGUUUUGCUGUACGUAAGCGACAUCAUAAUUGACCAGCAGGCAGAGUGGUUCUACAGCCAGAGCGCUCUCCCCGAAAAGCUCGACCAGCUGGAAAGGUACCGCGCAACCAAAAACAAAAAGUGCAUGUUGUACCACCUUGUGACGGUCUCCUUUUCCAAAACCAUGCAGAUUGGCCUGGCCUGGCGGAGCGCCAUAGGGUUCAAGUCUCUGAAAAACAUCAGUGUAAGCACGUUCACGCAGAACCAGUUUAUUACAAUUGCGCACGAAAUCGGCCACAAUUUAGGGCUUCUCCACGACUGCGACGACCAGUCGUGCAAGAACGCAAACAAGCUCAACUAUCCGUGCAACCCCUGCGAAGGGUGCAGCUGCAAGGGCCAGUACAUAAUGAACCCAAAGAAGGCACCGAAUCUUCUGUCUUUUUCCCCGCCUGCGCAGAAAGAGAUGAGCAUUAUCCUUGCAGGCUUGGACACAGAAAUGCCAAACGCAGACGAAGUCGAGAUGCCAUACCCCAUCUGCGGGAACGGCCUGGUUGAGGAGGGGGAGGAGUGCGACGCCGGCCCGUUUGGCGACGCCUGCUGCACGCCGGACUGCAAGCUGCGCAUAAACGCACUGUGCUCAGACUUCAACAGCGGGUGCUGCAAUGGAUGCCAGCCAGCAAAGGCAGGAACCGUUUGCCGGAAGUCCCAAAACGAGUGCCAGAAAAGCUCGGUCUGCGACGGGAGGUCGGCCAAAUGCCCUUCGGUGUCUUUUUUCGAAAACAGGAAAAAGUGCUCUCUUGGCUUCUGCGCCAACGGAGUGUGCACAAGCAAAGACGCGCAGUGUGUGAUGGGCGGCAUAAAAAGGUCUAUUGUGUCUGCUUUCCCCGGGUACAAGGGGUGCGUCAUGAAGUGCCUAAACAUAAACGGAGACCCCAUUAUACUCAACAACAGAGCGUUUCGCGACGGCACGCCCUGCGGGUGGAGCGGCGUGUGCGCACAGGGGAAGUGUGUGAAGGACACAGGCCUGGCUGCCAUGUCCGUGCUGGCGUUUAUAGCUGGCCUUUUUCUGAUCGCCCUUGCUUUAAUGUAG